GAGACUCAGCAGCAGCAGCAGUCCGUCUCUGUCUAGGCUAGUCAGCAGAGAGUUGAGAGAGCAGCAGCAGUGCGCGCCGAGCUGCAUAAGUAGUGCAGCGCGACUCGACCGCUGACCAGUGCAUCGCACACGCUUCCUUCGGCCACAAGACUAUACGGAUAAUAUUCCCGAUAGCUCCUCGAGCUCGUCGCACCGUUGGCCAACGACAGCUGAUCGCAUCUAUACACACCCGUCGCCUCUGACACUGGUUGCUCGUCGCAUUCGUCUGCCACUCCGCGAGCAGCGAAGCAGAAAAAGCUCACUUGCAGGCAUCUCCAUUCUCCAGAGAGAAAAAGAUAGAGCGCGAGAAAGAGACGAUCGUUCAAGAAUCUCUAAAAAAUAACCAUGUCACGCAACAUUCUGCAAGACUCGGCCAACGCAGCCCUGGAUAAAACCGUGUUGAACAAGUAUAUGGACUUGCCUCAGCCGGUCGAUAAGAUCCAAGCUGAGUACAUCUGGAUCGAUGGCACCGGAGAUGGCGUACGAAGCAAAACGAGAACCAUCACUAAUAUUCCCAGUAAACCGUCGGAUUUGCCCGUUUGGACCUACGAUGGAAGCUCGACGUAUCAAGCUCACGGAGAAAAUAGCGAAGUUUUCCUGCAGCCAGUAGCUAUUUACAAGGACCCGUUCAGGCGCAACAACAACAUCCUCGUCUUGUGCGAAACCUUCGACUUCAACCACCAGCCCACGGCGACGAAUAAGCGCAUCGAGUGCCGCGAAGCCAUGGACGCGCCUGCGGUAAAAAAGGAAGAGCCAUGGUUCGGAAUCGAGCAAGAGUACACCCUGUUGGACGUGGACGGCAGACCCCUUGGCUGGCCGAAAAACGGCUUUCCCGGACCCCAGGGGCCCUACUACUGCGGCGUCGGCGCCAACAAGGUCAUCGCUCGAGAAAUCGUCGAGGCUCACUACAGGGCCUGCCUCUACGCCGGAGUACCGAUCUGCGGUACCAAUGCCGAAGUCAUGCCAUCUCAGUGGGAAUAUCAGGUCGGUCCGAGCCUGGGUAUCCAUGCCGGUGACGACCUCUGGAUCUCGCGCUUCAUUUUGCACCGCGUCGCCGAAGAAUUCGGCGUGGUCGUUACCCUGGACCCGAAGCCGGUUCCCGGUACCUGGAACGGCGCCGGAGCCCACACCAACUUCUCGACGAAAUCGAUGCGUUCCGAGGGCGGCAUCGAGGAGAUCAAGCGAGCCAUCGACUAUCUGAGCAAGCGCCACGAGAAACACAUCAAGGCUUACGAUCCGCAAGGAGGAAAGGACAACGAGCGUCGUCUGACCGGCAUCUGCGAGACCAGCAGCAUCCACGAGUUCAAAUCGGGCGUCGCGGAUCGCACCUCCAGUAUCCGCAUUCCUCGCGCCGUCGCCGAAGAAAAGAAGGGCUACCUCGAGGACCGCCGACCGAGCAGCAACUGCGACCCUUACUCGGUCACUAAUGCCCUCGUGCGCACGUGCAUUCUUCACGAGUAAGCUCUGCAAGCUCUGCAAGCUCUCAAAGUACCUGCAAAUUAAGCCCUUUCAGAAGUUGUGCGAAUUAAAUCUACAUUUCGUUCGAUUUCAUAUUAUAUGCAGACAAUACUAAUCGACAUACACAAAAACACACACACACACACACACAUCUAUAUGUCUCAAGAUUAAUGUACCCGAAUCAUCGAGUAAUGUGGAAUAGACACAAUGACAUGAUUUUAUGCCGUAUAUUGCGACCUUAUAAUUCUACAAAGUUAACAUAUACAAUGUAUACAUACCUACCUACAAGGGUUCCACAAAAGAUAUUCGGUUGAUGCAAGAAACGCAGCUAAUUAUUCACUCCCGAGCUGUUCUAAUUCUUUCUACUUCUUCCUUGCAUCAUCCGAGUGAUUCAUGUCGCCCAAAUAAUCUGAAUAAUGUGAUAGUUAUCUAAUGUAUUUUCGAUCGAUUCCACAAUAUGUGUACUAUUAAAUAUCAACGUGACCUAUCCCCCUCCUACCUGGUAUGCGUUUUGAAUUCCAAUUUUGUGCAUACGUAAAAAUGUUUAAAUGUCAAUUUUUCUUCGUCUAACUUCGGACUGUCGUCCGACCCCGGAAUAAAGUUGAAACUACUACAUCUCCAUGUAUAUAGGUGUUCAUAUAUUAUGGAUUCACGCAGUGAAAUCCAUAGAUAUUACGUAGUUUAUCGUAUAAUCGUAACAUAAAUAUUUGUUACAAUAAUUUAAGUAGAAUGAAGAGUAGACAGAAGCUUUACAAUGAAAGAAAAAAACAAAUAUACUGUUGAAUUAAGUAUAAUUCUAACAAAAAAAAACGAUAAAAAUAUCGAUGGGUUUAACGCGACGCAUCGCUGGUAUUAAUAGCGUUUCGAAUAGAAAAAAAAUCGACGCAUCGGUUUUUCAACCACGAUGCAUUACUCAUGAUUACAUUCCCUAUAAAUGUAUGCAACGCAAAGUCGGGGAAAAGCCAAGUCACCGACAAAACACAAAAAAGAUAAUAAAGUAGUGACACAUGAAAACUAUUUCAGUAGUUGAAUUAAUUCGUAUUAAUAUACGAUAUAAUCACGCAUAAUAAAGUUUGUAAAAACAAAAAUGAUAAUAAUGCAAAAAACAC